CUCUAUCCAUCUUCAAGCAACUUACCUUUGAUGAAAGACUGCUCUUUGUGGAACAACUAUUGACACAGUGCCGCCGUGAUUACGACAUGAUCUAUUUUCCCGGUGAGACGCCGACGGACGAUAGAAAAUGUCCUGUGCAUGAUUGCUGAAAAGACCUUCAGAGUCUCACACUCACACGCAGCGACCGAAGCGCUCACAUUCAUGACUGCACUCGUGGAGACAUAGCCCGACGUCUGCAUAUCGGUGAAUCAGACUUACGGUACUGCUACGAGUGUAUGACUUGAUGCCCGCAGGUAGAGUGGCGUGAUCACUGCAGUUAUCAUCUGCAAUUCUGGAGUGAUCUCUAUUGUGAAGUCGUUAUAUGUCGUUAUACUGUUAUUUGUCUCGGCUACUGCUCUUGUUGUGUGUGGAAUCAAGGCCUCCCAGCCGACGAGAGAUUGAAGUAUUGGACAUCGAGCGCGAAUCUGAGGAAGCAUCUUGAACAUAAGCAUAUUGUUGAGAUCGAAUGGCCCACAACAGAUCCCAUAUGUGGCUGUCCACAGACAUUUGCAUUGGAGCAAGAAUUCCGAUAUCAUCUACAUGACGUGCAUGGUCUGACCGAUGGAAUCUGGAAAUCCAGAAAACCAUCAUUAAAAAGGAAGAGAGACGUCAAGGCAGGAGUGGGUUGUGUGGAGGAGAAAGUCCAUGGGCCAAAACCGAAGAAGAUCCAAUUCUGACACUAUCAACCCCAUCAGCCGCCGCAGAUAGGGCAUUCAUAUGAAUCACCCAUGCCAACCCUCACGCAUGCUCCAACCUCAAAGCCGUCCCUUUCUAUCUCUAGGGAAUAUGCACGCCCUUUCUCUAUUUCCAGCAGAAAUGUGGCUAGCAGCCUUGUUAGCGAGGACGGUAACACUGACUUUUCAGUUCCCUCGUCUCCCUUAAGUUCACUCCGCAUCACACCUGAUCUCGAAUUCAUUGAUCCCAGGAUCUUGGAUCCCAUUUGGCCCAAGGACGAUUGUUUGCACUCCAUUGACGGCAUUUGCCCGGCUGUCUGUACCGAGAAUGGGGUUCCUCGCACUGGCUCCGAAGAACUGCGCAAUGACCCGGUCAUUAUUCAGCCUGUUCGCCAUACAGACUUUCACGAAGCUUUAACUAAAGUGUUCCACACCAUCGCAGAAAGCACCUCUGCGAAUACUCCCGCCGUUUGUCCGAGUAUCCAUUUGAGUAGCCCCGACAUUGGCUCAGGAGAUAAACCACCUAAUCAUCAGAAAGAUAACGUUCUAAGUUCUUUGUUUAUCAAAGUCUCCCUUCAGACUUCAUUUAGCAAGGGACCUAUAACUCGAUCGAAGGCUAGAGCCACGUUGAGCGAGGUUGCACAUAGCAACUCUCGUGAGAGGCUGUAUCAGACGAUAAAGGGCCAAAGCUCAAGACGGAAUCAAGCCACAUCUCAUUUGUUUCGCAAACAGUCUCUACGAUAGAUUGGGGAGGGCAUAGGCCAGAGCUCGCUUCGGCGAAUCACACGGUCGCAAGCCAAGAGAAAGUGAUCAUCUGUAGUUUCUUGAGGGCUCUCAACCCGAUUCGCAGUUAUCUCGUUAGAGCAAGCUGUCAGACUUGUGCAACAAAUCGUUUCAAGCGUAUGAUCAUACAGUAUAGCACCCUUGCGACGUGAAACAUGGCUUCUGCCACAUAAGUUUUCGUCCGGGGUGAAUUUGAUACACUUCCUCCCCUCACCUUCCUACUACGUGCUGCCUUGUUGUAUACUUAACUUUAAAAUCGCACCGCUGACGCUGUUGGAAAUCAUCCUAAUACAUGCC